UACGUUGAUCAACAAGGAGCAAGUGUGGGACCCAUGGUCUGUAAAGUUCAGUGAAAGCAGCGGGACGAUCAUGGUAACCUGUGACGCAAGUGACACGAUCAAGGUGUUCUCAUUACAGUGAAACAGUUCAAGUCUUUCCUCCCAAGUACCACAUGAAAGGCCCUCUUACUCCAGUGUCAGGAUCAAACACUUGCUUAUACAUAUUUUGAACUUACUAGUACAUAUUUUGAACUUACUAGUACAUAAUUUGAACUAACAUGUACAUAGUUAAAACUUACUAGUACAUAGUUUGAACUUACUGGUAUAUAUUUUGAACAUACAAGUGCAUAGUUUGACCUUACUAGUACAUGCAUGUAUAUUAAGCUUACUAGAACAUAUGUUUUGUUCGCUAUAAUUGAUUUUUAAUGUAAAUAUUGUACAGUUUUGUAAAAAAGAAAAAGAUCAAUGAGAUUUUACCGCACCAAGAAAAUUGCGUAUGUUGCUGAAUUAAGGAUAAAUCUUUUUCCAUUGAAGAAGCUCUCCCAGAAUCGUUUAUUCACAAAUUAAUUUACAGAAUUUAGUCAAAUUUAGAAAAUGAACAAAUCAUAAUUUAUUGAAUAAUUUAUUACAUUAGAUUAACAUGUUGUAUCUUAAAUGUCAUUUUCUAUGUAAAUAAGCAAUUUUGUAUAUGUACUGUUUAAGGUAAGCAGAUAUGUUUCUAUGAAACAGUUUAUACGUAUCUAUGACAAUCGAAACGUUUCUUUUGCUUCCGUUACAUCACUUGCUUGAAUAUAAUGUCACAUUAUGUAAAAUAAAAUCUUUGAUCGUGUCUAUUUAAAGUAAAGUUUGAAAAUAUCCAGUUUUAAAAACCUUAACAUGCUGGACCGAUGAAUUAGCCUUUCCGUCCAAGAUAGAGCCAGCUCAGCCUGUAAUUUCCAUGCAGGCUCCAUACUGUUGGUAGCUUAUUUUUGUAUUUCGAUAUCAAGCUCUUAAACUUUAAAGUGACGUUAUGUCCACACAAGGCUAUAUAAUGAGUGAACAGGUGAAAGUCAAAUAAAUUUACAUUUUACCAUAAUUCCUUUCAGUUUUAUAAUUUACUUUGCAUGUACAAUAUAUAACUGACAUGUCCCAGGGGAUUCUUUUUAGAUAUUCAUUGGAAAUUUCCUGAAACGUUCAAUUUUAUAAAAAGAAUUGCGCAGUCUUUUUAUAUUUUAGAAAGACUUGUAUUUUAUCUUAAAUAUUUUCUCUUAUCAACUGUCGGGCAAUCACCAUUUCUACAGUCAAUCAUUUGAAAUAUAAAAUAGCACAACUUGACAAUGAAAAAAAUGAGCAUAAUGUCACUAUAAAUGAACUAUUCCAAAUGCAAGACAGGGCAAAUUCAUUACAUAAAUCCAUGAGGUUAAGUUCAAUAAUCUAUUUUAGUUCAUUUCCUCUUGGUGUCAAUGAAAUUUCUGUUUGAAACUCUAUUUUUCCCAUGUAAAGCUUUAUUAAUGACAUUUUCAAUAAAAUGUUUACAUAGAUUAGAAUAACGGAUAUUCAAAUUUGGCAUGUUGAAACAAAAUAUAAAUUUGCCUUAUCUAAAUCGUUAUCAUUCUUCUAUAUUAAUACCAUGUACCACUCUGUCAUGGAGUAUUUAAUAUAUAAAAACGUUUUGGAUUUCUAACACUGAAAAAAAUACAUAUUCUGAUAUAACAAUUACUAGACGCAUAUGUGACACACGUUAAUGUCAGUUAUUAUCAUUAUUAUUACUGCUUUGUUAUGUUUUUACUUAAACAUGUAUAGCUUUCCAAAUAUGCUGAAAGCAAAUUCCAUUUACAUUUAUUAGAAAUGUGUACAAUCAUUUAUCUGUCAAUAACAGUAGUUUGCUUUGUUCUUCAUGUCCCUAAUAUAUUAACCUUGGUGUUUACGUUAUCACUGUACAUUUAUUAAAAGUAAAUAACUACCAGAUUUUAUUGUUGCCACGUUAUUUGCUGAUAGAAACCAUAAACAACACUGCUAUGUAGUCAUUGUUUCUAUGUCUGUGUCUGUGAAACGUUACACAUUUGAUUAAAGAUACCAAAAAGGAUAAAAAUGUUCGAUAUUAAAAUUCAUUGUCACAUUGACUAGCAAUGUAACAAAAUAAUAUCUUUUAGUAAUCAUUUCCGAAUUGAUGUGCAUUUUAAAAGAGUAAGUGUAAAAAGGAUGACUUUGAAGUGAUCACAAUGGUUUAUACAACGAACGGUACGGUGAAUGUUUCGAGCCCUCCGCAGUUGACAUUAAAUUAUGCGACAAUAUACAUCGUAUGGGAUGUAAUGUACGGACUGAUCGCCGUGCCUACAAUUAUUGGCAACAUUCUUAUUCUGUUGUGUUUAUCAAAAUUUCGUGAAAGUAAAACCAGUCUCCAUAUUUUGGUAGGGAACCUCGCCGUGUCGGACCUUAUCAUGGGAUUUUUGCUUCCAUACUGUAUCAUUAUUGAUACCCUUCAACUCAACUCUGACAAAUAUUUUUGCCUGGUCAAAUGUUCAUUGAUAGUGUUCGCCAUAGGAAUAUCGUCAUACGGCCUUCUAUUGGUGUCGAUUGACCGCUUUUCUGCCGUCUGCUUUCCGUACAAGCAUCACAAGACCCUGAGCACAAACAAGAUCAUUAUCAUGCUGACGAUUGGAUGGACUUAUGUGGCCAUUUUCGCGUCAUUUCCGUUAUCCGGAUGGAAUUUCUAUGAUAUAAAUACACCGUAUAGUUGUACGCAAGAUGAAGUUUUGACGCCAAUAUAUGCCAAAGUAAUGAAUUGUACCUUUAUCAUUUUCUUGGGUAUAAAUCUGACACUUUACAUCGUCGUUGUGCGAAUCUCUUUAAAGAAGGCGAGAAAGGUCCAUGCUGAGCAGAAUAUUGUAUUUGACUGUAAAGCGAAUACGAAAGAACUUUACAGAAUAAAAACAAUGGCAAUCGUUCAGGGACUUUUCGCGAUUUGUUGGUUUCCUUACGUUUUGAUCUCCAUCGCCAUUUCAUUUUCGGAUAACCGUAUUUUAAAAAAGAGUCAAUAUUGGAGUGUCAUUCCGGGUUUAUUAAACUCUUCAAUAAAUUGGGUUGUUUACGGAUACAGAAAUGAGCAACUUAGGAGAGAGUUCAAAAAACAUUUUACGUGUGGUUUUAAAAUCUGACAUUUUUAUUUUAUCAUUUUAUAAACUCACUUGAUCGGGAUAUAUUUUAGUAAGAUAUGAACGAGGACUGUGUCAUGUCAUGGGCACAUUUCUUUGAUUUAUGAUUUGUUAUUCAUGUAUGUCUAUAAAAAAAACGUUUCUACCCAUUCAAGUAGUCAGAAAUACCCAAGUUCUGCCGAUAUCAGUAGACUUAUCAAAAACCGGAUGACAUUUAUAAAAGAGGCAAUUUUUGACCAACCUAUUCCUUUAUUAUAAUCAGACGGUUUGAAACGCGUGAAUAUUGAAAUUAUUCAGAAUUAACAGAUCAUUUCAAUAAAGUAUAAGAAUUAACUGUUCACUUCAAGAAAGUGUAUAUCAACUAAUUAUGAAAUGAGUAUAGGAGCUUGUGGUGAAAUAUCUGAAAAUAUUAUUCUUAGGACUUAAUAUGAUUUUAUCAAGCAAUUACGAUUUCCUUUGAAGGCAUUUUACGAGUGUACGAACAUUUCAAAACGAGACAUUUUCCAUUUGAAUGUUGUCGGAAGUCCUCGGCUUUUUACAGCCUUAAAUACCAUCGAAAUGUUGAGGAUGAUUUGGCUGUUUAUUGCUCUUUGUGAGGCGAAUAGCGCUUAGAGUUCCUUACCUUUACUAGGUUAUAUGCGCAGUACUUCCAGUGCUUUGAU